AUGGCUUACAACUACCCCUACAGAGGAUAUCCUCCUCCAAACAACCCCAGAUUGAUGAUUCCUCCACCAAACAUCCAUACACAGCCGAGAUUCAAUAAUAACUCUCCUUGGAAUCAGCCUCCACCUCGGUCCAUGAUGCCACCUCCACCGCCUCCAUCCGUGAUGCCCCCUCCACCACCUCCAUCAAUGAUGCCACCACCUCCAUCAAUGAUGCCGCCCCCACCACCUGAGCAAUCACAGUAUAACAUUUACAACUUUAUGCAGCCACCACACAUGAUGCAGAGACCCAGCUUCCCACCCAGUAAUGUGUUUCCUAGGGGUCCUUCUCACCUAUCACAGAGACAACAGUUUAGCCCGGACAAUACAUUCGCUCAUGAAGCAUCCAGUCGACCACAUGAAAAUUUUCCAUUUAACAACAGCGGGCCUAGUUUUCAGAGCAAUGGGCAACAUUUCCAAGGUCACCGUGGUCGAGGAAGAGGUUUUGUGGGAGGUCACUCAAGAGGUCAAAGCUUUCGAGGUGGUUUUCGUGGAGGUAUGCAUAAUGGAAAUCAGAACAUGCACAACGGGAAUCAGAAAAAUUUUAAUAAAACAAAGAAGGAAAAAGUGGACAAAAGAGACCUUCCAGAGAAUAAUGCAUACUUCUGUGAUAUUUGUGACCGUGGGUUCAAAACUGAGGAAAAAUACCAGGAACAUGUCAAUGAGCACAUUAAGUGUUCAUUUCAAGACUGCCCUUUCAUCGGAGCGCCCAAGUUAGUUCAACUGCAUGCACGUAUGCAACACAGUUCAGGCCUUGCUAAGAAAGUAUGGAAUAUGAAAUCUGCAGAUGAUAUUAAUAAAUGGCGGGAGGAAAGAAAGAGGAAUUAUCCAACCAGUGACAAUGUGGCCAAAAAGAAACAAGAAAAGGAAGAAAGGAUUGCCAGAGGUGAAGUCCUACAGACCAGGGAGUUUGGGAAAAUGUGGCAAGGGAGAGGUAGAGGUGGAAAUAGAAGGAAUGGAGGGCGUGGCCGGGGCAGAGGUCGUGGAAGAGGACGUUGGAGGGACUACGAUAACGCUGAAAGAAAUGAUGAUUACCCGCAGGCAGAUGAUGGCAGUGACAGCGAGGGCCCACCUGAGGAAAAAGGAAUAGAGAAAUCAACUGUAGAUGAGGAGAAUCUGGGUCAGCCAGGUGUUGCUGGUGAGGUAGAUGCAGGUACACCAGCAUCCGAACUGCAGGCCCUUGUGCCCGCAGGUGAAAGUAAGAAGUUGAUACAAGCGUUAUCAGUGUAUGGAGAGUCCUCAUCUGAUAGUCAGUCUUCUGAUGAUAAAUGUGAACAGAGUCCAGUGGAUUCAGAUACGAAGCCUGUCACUCAGUCAACGACCAGUCCCUCUGAGUUGCUUUCACCGUUGAAGUCUACAGAAACACCUUCAGUUAAUGGAAUAUCAUCAUCAUGUACCACACCAUCUGUAGAUCUACAGAAUCAGGCUACCUCACUUGAGUCAGGCCAGCAAGGAGUUAAUGGAAUCUGCUCCAGUAGUCCUCACAAACCAUCAUCUGUGUCUUCUCCAAGUAUCAGCUUAAAAGAUGUUCCUGAGCCUAGCCCCAGCUCAGUCUCUGGUCAGCAUCAGAAGCACAAGAACCAGAGCAGGGGACAAAAUGGUAGGAACCACAAUGAAAAACAAGGCAACAAGCGGGCUGCCGGCUCUGAACAGGAGAAUGACGCACCCUACAAAAAGAAGAAGGGACAGACAAGGCAGCCGGUGCACAGAUAUACCCUUCUAGAAAAGAUGCUGGCACCUGACAUGAGAAGAGAAAGGAAUAAAAUCCUUCAGUGUGCCCACUACAUUGUCAAGAACAAGUUCUUUGAGUCAGAACCGGCCACAAGUACAGUGGUGUAA